AUGGUUAUUUGUGGUGAGAAUUACCAUAGGAUUGGAUCCUUACUUCCAGUUGAUGGAGAUAGGCCCAAGUUUGCUCAGCUAUAUAUAUUUGAACCUGAAAAUGAGGUUAACAAUAGAAUUGCAAACUUCGCAUCUCGAGAGGAAGUCUUGCUGCCUGAGUUACUUGCAAGUUUGCUUCGAAUGCUUGAUGAAAACAACGAGUUGGUCAAAACAUUUAGGCGCAUUCGACAAGAUCUCCAACUUUCCUCCACACCAAAUCUCCGACUCAGAAUCUUUGGGAUCAAAAUUAGGAAUCGACAAUAUUACUUGCCAACUAGCUCUGAUAUUGCAGCCUUAAUACCUGGUGAUUUUGUUGCAGAUAGGGAGGAUAGAGAUAUCAUUGUUGACCAUCGAGGAGAAGGGCUGAAACGUAUAACAAGCCUCAACCCAAAAUUCGAGGCUCUUCACUUCCCAUUGCUAUUCCCGUACGGAGAAGAUGGGUUUCAUCCUCAAAUAUCUUAUAAUGCCUCCUUUUGUCCAGCAUCAAAGCGCAGAAAAUUUGUUACUCAAAAAGAGUAUUAUGCUUUUAGACUUCAGUAUCGAUUGAAUGAGGGGCAUACACUGGUUCAAAGUGGCAAGGCAUUGCAACAUUACUGUGUUGAUGCAUUUUCAACAAUUGAACUCAAUCGCCUGGCAUUUCUUAGAACUCAUCAAAAAGAUUUAAGAACAGAAGUUUAUCAGGGGUUGCAGGAUGCAUUUGCAAAGGGAGACAUGGAUGGAGAAAAACUUGGAAGAAUUAUAAUGCCAUCAUCUUAUACAGGAGGACCAAGAUAUAUGCAGCAACUAUAUCAUGAUGCCAUGGCAACCUGUCAACAUUAUGAUAUGGUUGGACCAAACAGCGAGUUGAAGCCUAUGGUGGUCUGCCGUGUGUUUCACAUGAAGCUUGCCAUAUUAAUUGACGAGUUUAAAAGAGAAUCAUAUUUCGGGAAAACGAUAGCCAUAAUCUACACAGUUGAGUUUCAGAAGAGGGGCCUCCCACAUGUCCAUAUGCUUAUAUGGAACAUGAGGCUUAAUGAUUCACAGGAUAAUAGAAACCUGGUCGGCUGUGGAAUGAACUUUGGUGAGUGGAUUCUGGCACAAGGAGAUGGAAGGCUUCCAACAAAAUCCUUUAUGGCUAACACACCUUCAGAUUGGAUUGAGAUACCACAAAUACUCUUGAUAUAUGCUGGAAAAAAUCCAAUCGAGUCAAUCACAAAUGACAUAUAUGACACAUUUGAGGAACAACACAUGAGCACAGAUUACCUAAGUGGAAGGGCAAUUGUUACUCCUACUAAUGCAGUUGUGACUGAAGUGAAUGACUUCAUGUUGCAAAAAAUUCCUGGACAUUGCCGUUGCUACUACAGUUCAGACUCUAUGCAACUUGAUACAGAGGUACCUCAGCUAUUUGCUGAAACUUAUCCAACAGAAUUUUUGAAUGCUCUUCAGUUCAAUGGUGUUCCAGAUCAUGAAAUAAGACUUAAGGUUCACACUCCGAUCAUGUUGCUGAGAAAUUUGAGCCCACCAAACGGCCUGUGCAACGGUACGAGGAUAUUGAUUACGAAAUUGGGAGAAAAUAUCAUUGUUGGAAACAUCAUGGGAGGAUCUUUUGACACAAAAGAGGUUGUUAUACCACGAAUAGUACUCAACGUAGAAGACAAACGCUGGCCCUUUAUACUUAAGAGGAGGCAAUUCCCAGUAAGGUUAUGUUAUGGGAUGACUAUAAAUAAGAGCCAAGGUCAAACGCUGGACAAGGUUGGAGUCUAUUUGCCCAAACCAGUAUUCAGUCAUGGACAGCUUUAUGUGGCAGCAUCAAGAGUAAGAUCUGCAGGUGGUUUGAGAUUCUUGAUUGAAAAUGAAGAGGACAUUCCAGCCAGUUACACGAGAAACAUUGUAUAUUCAGAAGCCUUCACAGAUAUUGCACCUGGUUGA